AUGGAAUACAACGAUAAAGACGUGUUACGUUUAAUACCUAAAUGUGACCAUGUUUUUCAUGCCGAAUGUGUUGAUGAUUGGCUAGUAAGUCACGCCACCUGCCCCGUGUGCCGGUUCAACCUCACAAAUGCCGACUUGUGGGAUCGUGAUAUGUCACAAUACGACAUGAUUUUGGAAGUUAGAGACGACAAUGACAACAACCAAGGGAUGAUCAAAGACAUAUCAUUAUCGAGGUCGUUAUCGACAGGACAUAUGGAUAAGUUUACGCUAAGGUUGCCUAGGGAGGUAUGGAAGCAGAUUAUGAUGAAUGGUAAUAAAUUGGAAGGGAAUACUAAUUUGUGGGUUAAAAGUGGAGAAAGUAGCACAAAGGCUGGUUAUAGAGGUGGGAUUAUUGUUGAAGGAAGUAGUAGAAGUAAAUCUGAGAGAUUUGUAAGAAAUAAUGCUGAGGUUUUUUCGUUUCGAAAACAUUUUACGAGCAAAGAAAGUUCUUCUCUUAGUGUUGUUACGAUUGAAGCAAAUCAAUUGCCCGUUUGA